AUGGCUAAGAUCAAACCCUUGAGCUCAACCCAAUCAUCCUCAAUCAACCCUAUUUCUACCCUACUCAACCUCAAGAUCAAACCCUCACUCAACCCCAAUCAUUCUCAAGAUCAAACUCUCCCUCAACCACAAUCAUCCUCAAGAUCAAACCCUCCAUCUACCUUACUCAACCUCAAGAUCACACCCCCACUCAACCCCAAUCAUCCUCAAGAUCAAACCCUCCCUCAACCUCAAUCGAUCAAAGUCCCACUCAACCCCAAUCAUCCUCAAGAUCACACACUCCCUCAACCCUACAAAACCUCAAGAUCAAACCCUUCAUCUACCCUAAUCAACCUCAAGGUCAAACCCUUACUCAACCCCAAUCAUCCUCAAGAUCAAACCCUUUAUCUACCCUACUCAAUCUCAAGAUCAAACCCUCACUCAACCCCAAUCAUCCUCAAGAUCAAACCCCCAACUCAACCCAUACUCAACCUCAAGGAUACAAACCCUCCCUCAACCCCACUCAUCCAUCAAGUAUCAAUCCCUCCAUCUACCCUAACUCGCCUCAAGACCAAACCCCACCCCACUCAAACCCCAAUCAUCUUCAAAGAUCCAAAACCCUUCCCUCAAACUCUAACUCAAGCUUCUAGAUCAAACCCUCCCCCGUUAACCCCAAAUAAUCCUCAAGAUCAAACCCCUCCAUCUACCUCUACUCAACCUUCAAGAUUAAAACCCUCCCUCAACCCUACUCAACCUCAAAGAUCAAACCCCCAAAUCACCCCAAUCAUCCUCAAGAUCAAACCCAAUCCUCUUUCCCUACUCAACCCCUCAAGAUUAAACCCUCACUCAACCCCAAUCAUCUUCAAGAUCAAACCCUCCAUCUACCCUACUCACCUCAGAUCAAACCCUCACUCAACCCCAAUCAUCUUCAAGAUCAAAACCCUCCCCUCAAACCCUACUCAACAAAUCGAAAGCAAACCCUCACUCAACCCCAAUCAUCCUGAAGAUCAAACCCUCCAUCUAUCACUCAACCUCAAGAUCAAACCCCCAAUCAACCCCAAUCAUCCUCCAGAUCAAACCCUCCAUCUACCCUACUCAACCUCAAGAUCAAACCCCCACUCAACCCCAAUCAUCCCCAAGAUCAAGCCUUCCCUCAACCCUACUCAACCUCAAGAUCAAACCCUCACUCAACCCCAAUCAUCCUCAAGAUCAAACCCUCCAUCUACCCUACUCAACCUCAAGAUCAAACCCUCACUCAACCCCAAUCAUCCUCAAGAUCAAACCCUCCAUCUACCCUACUCAACCUCAAGAUCAAACCCCCCUUCAACCCCAAUCAUCCCCAAUCAUCCCCAAGAUCAAGCCUUCCCUCAACCCUACUCAACCUCAAGAUCAAACCCUCACUCAACCCCAAUCAUCCUCCCCAGAUCAAAACCCUCCAUCUACCCUACUCAACCUCAAGAUCAAACCCUCACUCAACCCCAAUCAUCCUCAAGAUCAAACCCUCCAUCUACCCUACUCAACCUCAAGAUCAAACCCCCACUCAACCCCAAUCAUCCUCAAGAUCAAACCCUCCAUCUACCCUACUCAACCUCAAGAUCAAACCCUCCCUCAACCCCAAUCAUAUUCAAAAUCAGACCCUCCAUCAACUCUAUUCAUCCUCAAGAUCAAAUCCUCCUCCCAGCCCCACUCAAAAUUAAGAUCAAACCCUCCCUCAACCCCACUCAGCUUUGA